AUGAGGGUCGUUUCUGCAAACUUGUUCGCCCUGCUCCUCCUGUGCGCCCUGGCCGGUGUGUUCUACGUGUGGAGCCCGGUGGAGACGCGCAUGGAGCGGCACAAGCGGAGGCUGUCCCCGGGCGGAGGGGCUCUCCACCCGGGGCUCACACCGGACCUCUCCGGUAACACUUUCCGGGCUUUGCUCGCUGUCCCGGCGGCACAAAGACCCCACUUGGGGGGCAGACUCCAGUCUCCCAACCUCACCCAUCAAACUGUCCCUGCAGGAAGUCGAGAUUUACAUAUAAAUGGGGAUAACAAGGGGUCACCACGGAGGGAGGGCCCGGUCAAGUUGGGCUCCCCGGUGGAGGAUGGGGUGUUCUGGGGCGAGUGGCUGGAGGACCUCCGGCCGGUGGGCUUCACGGAGGAACAUGCCCGGGGCUGGAGAGAGAGAGCCCGGACCCAGCAGGUGGUGAAGCUGGAGCCGGGCUGCGGGAGGAGAUCCAACCAGCUCGCCACCUUCCGGGACGGGACCAAAGCGUGUGUCCGCUACGGGAUCAACCCGGACCAGGUGCAAGGGGAAACUUUGACUUAUUACCUCGCCAGUCUGCUGGGCAUCACCAACCUGCCUCCGCUGGUCCUGUCCCAGCUGGGGGACAGCGAGCAGUGGGAGGCGGUGAGGACUCGGGUGGACGCCCUGCAGUGGGGGGACCGGGCCGUGGUGUCCCUCACCCAGUGGGUCUCGAACCUCACCGGGGUGGUCACUCCGGCCCCGCUGCGGCAGGAGAGCACCGGGCUGCACCCUGUGAUGGAGCAGCUCGGGGACAAGACGCUGGAGGAGCUGCUGGAGCUGGUGCAGUGGAGCGACCUGGUCCUGUUCGACUACCUGUCGGCCAACUUCGACCGGCUGGUGAGCAACCUGUUCAGCCUGCAGUGGGACCCGCGCGUCAUGCAGCGGGACACCAACAACCUGCUGAGGACCCCCCGCGGCGACCUGGUGUUCAUCGACAACGAGGCCGGACUGGUGCACGGCUUCCGGGUGCUGGACAUGUGGGAGAAGUACCACAGCUCGGUGCUGGGCUCCGUGUGCGUGUUCAGGAGGAGCACCACGGAGCGAGUGGCCGAGCUGCACCGGCGCAGGGACUCCAGGACGAGGCUGCUGCAGCUCUACCGGGACAGCGAGCCUCUGUCCGGGGAACUGGGAUUUCUGUCGGACGAGCACGCCGGGGUCCUCCAGGACAGGAUAGACACGUUACACAAACACAUUUUGCAUUGCAGAGCCAAGUACAGCCAGCUGUGAGCAUCCAGGGAGCAACCAAAAAAAUGGCUUUUUGGAUUUACUUAACAAAGCUGUGUCAAGUGUGUCCACACAACUGUGUUAACUAAUUAUUAUUUUGUAAUAUGGACUAAAUGAAAUCAAAAACAUUAUACACAAGGCAUCUAUUGCACUUCUGUCCGUCCUGGGAGAGGAAUCCCUCACAUGUGGCUCUCCCUGAGGUUAUUACCUAAUUUUAGCCUGUUAAAAGGGUUUUUAGUAGUUUUUCUUUACUCUUGUUGAGGGUUAAGGACAGAGGAUGCCUCACAAUGUUUAAAGCCCAAUGAGACAAAUUGUGCAUCGUGAA